ACCUCAAAAGAUUCACUAUUGCUAGUUGAUUCUUUCACUUCCAAAAUCAUGUUUUCCUCUUCCUUCUUAUCACCUUAUUCUCUUACUUCUUUAUUAAUCUUGAUUCUAUGUAUUGUUGGUGUUGAUUUUGUCUCCACAACACAAACCAAGAUUGGCCAAGGUUACAAGUUGAUCUCCAUAGAAAAAUCACAAGAUGGAGGCCUUAUAGGUCUCCUCCAAGUCAAGGAGAAGAACAUUAUUUAUGGGCUAGAUAUUCCUCAUUUGAAGCUCUAUGUUAAGCAUGAGACGGAUAAUCGUUUGAGGGUUCAUAUAACUGACGCAAAAGAGCAAAGAUGGGAAGUUCCUUACAACUUACUACAAAGAAACACACCCCCAUCAUUGAAACAAAAUGUUGGUGGUGAAUCAAGAAAGAAUCUUUUUUCAUCAGUAGUAGCAGAGUCAGAAUAUUCCGGAAAUGAGUUAAUAUUCAAUUACAAAAAUGACCCUUUUAGUUUUUCUGUGAAAAGAAAAUCAAAUGGAGAGACCCUUUUCAAUUCAAGCUUUGAUGAUUCAGACUCAUAUAACAAUUUGGUUUUUAAAGAUCAAUAUCUUGAAAUAUCAACAAAAUUGCCCCAAAAUGCUUCUUUAUAUGGUCUAGGUGAAAAUACACAACCCCAUGGUAUUAAAAUUUACCCAAAUGACCCUUACACUUUGUAUACAACUGAUCAACCAGCUAUUAAUUUGAAUAUGGAUUUGUAUGGAUCACACCCUAUGUAUAUGGAUUUGAGGAAUGUGAAUGGAGUUGCAAAUGCUCAUGUUGUUUUGUUACUAAAUAGCAAUGGGAUGGAUGUGUUUUACAAGGGAGAUUCUUUAACAUACAAAGUGAUUGGGGGUGUUUUGGACUUUUACUUCUUUUCUGGGCCCACACCACUUGAUGUUAUUGAUCAAUAUACUUCAUUCAUAGGAAGGCCUGCUCCAAUGCCUUAUUGGUCUUUUGGAUUCCAUCAAUGUAGAUGGGGUUACCACAAUUUAUCAGUAAUUGAAGAUGUUGUUGAGAACUACAACAAAGCCAAAAUCCCUCUUGAUGUUAUCUGGAAUGAUGAUGAUCAUAUGGAUGGUAAAAAAGAUUUCACUCUCAAUCCUGUUAACUAUCCUCGUCCGAAUUUGCUAGCUUUCUUGGACAAAAUUCAUGCUCGUGGCAUGAAGUACAUUGUCAUCGUUGAUCCUGGAAUCGGCGUUAACAACACUUAUGGUGUUUACCAAAGAGGUAUAGCUAAUGAUGUUUUCAUCAAAUAUGAAGGCAAGCCUUAUUUAGCUCAAGUUUGGCCUGGUGCUGUCAAUUUUCCGGACUUUCUGAAUCCGAAGACUGUUGAGUGGUGGGGUGAUGAAAUCAGGAGGUUUCGCGAACUUGUGCCUGUGGAUGGACUCUGGAUUGAUAUGAAUGAAGUUUCUAACUUUUGUUCGGGUUUGUGUACAAUCCCUGAAGGCAGGAUAUGUCCUACUGGCACCGGUCCUGGUUGGAUAUGUUGCCUGGAUUGCAAAAACAUAACGAAUACUAGAUGGGAUGAUCCGCCUUAUAAGAUUAAUGCUAGUGGAAUACAAGCACCAAUUGGUUACAAAACCAUAGCGACUAGCGCGGUUCAUUAUAAUGGAGUUAAGGAAUAUGAUGCUCAUAGCAUUUACGGGUUGUCUCAGUCCAUUGCAACUCAUAAGGCACUUCAAGGACUCGAGGGGAAGCGUCCUUUUAUAUUGUCUCGUUCCACAUUUGUUGGUUCGGGGCAUUAUGCUGCACAUUGGACAGGGGAUAACAGAGGAACUUGGGAUGAUUUGAGGUAUUCAAUAACUACAGUGUUGAAUUUUGGAUUGUUUGGUGUUCCUAUGGUUGGUGCUGAUAUAUGUGGAUUCUAUCCAGCACCAACGGAGGAGCUUUGCAAUCGUUGGAUUGAAGUUGGCGCGUUCUAUCCAUUCUCAAGGGAUCACGCGAACUACUAUUCACCAAGACAAGAGCUUUACCAAUGGGAGAGUGUGGCUGAAUCUGCGCGAAAUGCUUUAGGAAUGAGGUACAAGUUACUGCCAUAUUUCUAUACUUUGAACUACGAGGCACAUACUACUGGUGCGCCAAUUGCUCGUCCCCUCUUCUUCUCUUUCCCAACUCUACCAGAACUUUACGACGUGAGCACUCAAUUCCUUGUAGGAAGCAGUGUCAUGGUCUCACCAGUGUUAGAUCAGGGGAAAACAGAGGUGAAAGCUCUGUUUCCCCCUGGUACGUGGUACAAUUUAUUCGAUAUGACACAAGCAAUUGUCACAAAAGACCUACAUUACCUCACAUUAGACGCGCCUCUAAAUGUGGUCAAUGUACAUGUCUACCAAAACACCAUCAUACCAAUGCAACGCGGUGGGAUGAUAUCAAAAGAAGCUAGAACGACACCUUUUACCCUUGUAGUCACCUUACCAUCGGGGACAAAUGACAUAGAAGCUAAAGGAAAUCUUUUCCUCGACGAUGAUGAGCUUCCUGAGAUGAAACUUGGAAACGGGCACUCAACGUAUAUCGAUUUCCAUGCAACAGCAAGUAAUGGAACAAUGAAGUUGUGGUCAGAAGUUCAAGAAAGUAAGUUUGCAUUGGAUAAAGGAUGGUUCAUUGAGAAGGUUAUAGUUUUAGGCACCAAUAAUACUGAUGGAGCUUUUGAAAUAAACGUCGAUGGACAACCGAUCGAAGAUGCUUCAAGAGUGAAGUAUAGCACAACAGAACACAAGUACAUAAACAAUUUGGAUGAUGAAGUUGAUAAGAGAAAGAGUAUGAUGAUGGAUAUUCAUGGACUGGAAUUGCCUUUAGGGAAGAAUUUUAUUAUGUCCUGGAAAAUGUGAACCAAAA